UUAUAUACUCAUCAUCAGUGUUUCUUUUCAAAAUACCAUAGACGACAAUCAUCCUUAUCCUCCAUUUAUUUGAGUUGUUUUUGUUACCUUGAUCCUCAUGGAAGCCGAUGGUCAGAAAUACUCUGUUCUUGCGAAAACAGAUGUCCGUGAGAAGAUGAUGAAAGAAAUCGAACAGAUCUCGGAAGUCUUCUUGGUGUCAAAAUCUGAUGCAACCGUAAUCCUAAUCUGUCUCCGAUGGAACUCGUUUAAGGCUUCCGAUCUUCUUGGUGACAACAAGGAGAAGUUUCUGGCGAAGUUAGGGCUGGUUCGAGUUUUCGAUUCCAACUCAUCUUCUGCAGAUCGUGAGACGACGAUCCUUUCUGCUGGUGAUGGAGAUUACUUAGUCUCCACGCCCUUUUGCUCACACAAGUUUUCAACAACUUGCUGGAGUGAAUAUCUCAGCGAUGCUCUGGAGAAGAACAAGGAGGAGAGAGGACUCAUCUCUUGCCUUAACCAAGACUGUGUCGCCUCCGUUGGACCCGAUACGAUCGAAAAACUCACUGAGCCAGUGAAGGUGAUGUACGAGAAUUAUGCUCUCGAAUCAUUCAUGGAGUGCCAUAAGGCAACGAUCAAAUGGUGUCCUGCAUUGGGUUGUGAAUACGCUAUCGAGCUUCAGGAGGAUGGUAAUGAAAAUGUGACUGUGAUCUGUUUGUGCGGCCACACCUUCUGUUGGACAUGCCGGCUUGAGUCACACCGACCGGUGUCUUGCAAAAAAGCAUCAAUUUGGUGGACGUACCUGUUGGAUCAGUCAAGAAGCAUUUCUUGGAUCCAUGCAAACACCAAACCUUGUCCCAAUUGCAAGAGUCCUGUGCAGCAGAAUGGUGAUCCUGAUUACAGGCUCAUCACUUGUAUCUGCAGUAAUAGCUUCUGUUGGAUCUGCUUGCGCACGGAGGAGGAGCAUAAUGGGAACUGGAAUUGUGCUCCAGUCGCUGUUCCAGCUGCGGAUCCUUCUACCGCUGAAUUUUCGCACAUUCUCCACCUGAAUCUGUGGGAGGGAGGUCAUGAAGCAUUGGAGAAGGCUAAGUCCAAGCUGAGAGCCUUAGAGGAAAAAAUCAUUCCGAAACUAGUUGAGAAUUGUGGAUUGAGCGAGCUGGACAUUAGGACAGUAAGAGAAGCAGGGAUGCUUAGUGUUCAGUGCAGGCAGGUACUGAAAUGGAGCUGUGUUUUUGACUACUUCAUAACCGAGUACGAAAGCACGAAGAAGCAGUACACGAAACACCUCAUAGGUCAAGCGAUCGCAAUGCUUUGUAAGCACGAAGGGAAGCUUGAUGAGUCCAUGAGUCGAGCCCUCUCAGGUGGAGAUUUCACUUUCUUUAAGCACAUGUUGGAAACCAGUACAACAUGCACUGGUAACUACUUCGAUGGAUUCAUCAAGGAUCUGGAAGAUGGUAAGCCGCCUGAAGUGAAGGCUGAUGCAUAUGAGGAUGGACAAAGCAGUCACUGGUUCUGCGAUAGGUGCACGUUUGAGAACAGCUGUGUUGAUAAACAGUGCAAGAUGUGCUUUUUCCCUCUGGACUCUUCUCCUCCUCCUGAAGACCUUGGAAAAUUGGAGUGAGAGUGAGUGAUGAGUAAAGGACAUGUCUCAUC